GCGGGCUUUUCUGCGCUCGCUGCUAACGGAAAUUUUUGGUACGUCAUUAAUAUGGCGCCAAAAGAGUUAUAAGUGUGAGCUGGUGUUGCUCGAGAGACGCCUCAGCCGGCGCGACGCAAGAUGUUGAUCGCCUCGUCGAUCUCAGACGCUUGUCGCGAUUCGAAGCGCUUUUUUCGACGCGUGAUUCUGAGGAAACGCGUUCUUCUGAAACACUUUUGGGGAUGACGAGCCGAUAACCGUUGGCGUACUAAGUGUACGAACAGCGAUCUUGAGGGAGUCGACGAUCUGUGGAUCAAUCCGCCGACUCUAACUUUUAUUUCGGAAAGCCUCAGACGAUCCGCGGAUCUCGCAUCGAGCACGGACAUCACGCCCUCUUGUGCGAACCGCAGAUAAGACUUUUGAAAGAAGCCAUUCUUUCCAUUGAGAAAACAUGAAGCCUUAAAUUAAACACCAAGGACAUUGUGGAUGAAUUUGCCGAAAAAGGUCCAGAGAAUGGAAUUAAAUUAAUUACAACUAAAAUAUGGAGAGUGAGAUGAAGAGGAGGAAAUACUCCACCAGCAGCAACGACUCUGACACCACCGACAGUCAUGUGACCACCUGGUCACGGUCUUCGAAGAACACAGGGACCAACAGCACAUGGGUACGCCAUGAGCAGAAGAAACCGUCUGAGGUGUUUCGGACCGAUUUUAUUACAGCCAUGAAGUUGCCUGAUUCAGCACAGCUGAGCCCAGAGGAGUUUUAUUUCCUCUCCGACCCCUGGAGGCAGGAAUGGGAGAAGGGUGUUCAGGUGCCAGCCAAUGUGGAACCGAUUCCCGAGCCUGUAGUUCGGAUGCUUCCGGGGGUCAAUCGAAUCCCAUUCUUCUCACCGAUCCAAACCAGGGGCCAGUCAGAGUUUGGCUUCGGAGAGUCGCAUGUUCUCACGGAGCCGCUGAGUUGUUAUGAUCUGGAUGAUCUGGAUGUGACCUGGCUUGAACUGGUUAAUGCUGAAUUCAGACAACUAGCACUUCCAGAGCUGGACGAGCUGACCAUGGAGCAGGUCGUGGUGGAGCUGGAGAACAGGUGUCAGCAGAACAUGCAGCAGGCCAUCGAGACCGAGGAGGGUCUGGGCAUCGAAUACGACGAGGACGUGGUUUGUGACGUGUGCCGCUCACCUGAGGGCGAGGACGGCAACGAGAUGGUCUUCUGCGACAAGUGCAACGUUUGUGUGCAUCAGGCGUGUUACGGGAUCUUGAAGGUGCCGCAGGGUAACUGGUUGUGCCGAACCUGUGCCCUCGGAGUGCAGCCCAAAUGUCUGCUUUGUCCCAGAAGAGGAGGAGCUCUGAAACCCACCCGCAGUGGAACCAAGUGGGUCCACGUCAGCUGUGCCUUAUGGAUCCCUGAGGUGAGCAUCGGCUGUCCUGAGAAGAUGGAACCUAUUACGAAAGUAUCCCACAUCCCAGCCAGCCGCUGGGCCUUGUCCUGUGGCCUGUGCCGUGAACACACAGGCACGUGUAUACAGUGCUCCAUGCCGUCCUGCAUCGUGGCCUUCCACGUGACCUGUGCGUUCGACCACGGACUUGAGAUGCGCACCACUCUGGCAGAGAACGACGAGGUGCGCUUCAAAUCGUACUGUCUAGAGCACAGUAGCGUCCCGCGCUCGAGCGGCGGCGGGAAUGUGGACAGACCCGAAGCGAGGCACACUGGUUCCGAUCUGUCAGUGACGCAUUCGGAUCGUUCGAAGCAGGAACAAGCAGAACGGGAGAAAGCCAGCCAUCGCAAGCAGAAGCUGCAAGAGCUUGAAGAUGAGUUUUACAGAUUAGUGGACCCCAAGGAUGUUGCAGAAAGCCUUUCCCUGCCAGAUGUUCACGUGGACUUCCUCUUCCAGUACUGGAAACUGCGACGAAAGGCCAACUUCAACCAGCCGCUUGUGGCCCGCAAGAGGGACGAGGUGGACAAUCUCGCCCAGCAGGAGCAGGAUGUUUUGUAUCGCCGUCUGAAGCUCUUCACUCAUUUGCGUCAGGAUCUCGAGAGGGUCAGAAACUUGUGCUACAUGGUCACUCGCAGAGAGAAGAUCAAACACUCUUUAUGCAACCUGCAGGAGAAGAUCUUUACCUUGCAGAUCCAGCUCUUAGAGAAGGACCUAGUUGGAGAAAAAACUCGGAGAGGGGAGAAGAUUCAUCGCAAUGGAGUCAGGGAACGAGUGAAAGAAAGAAGAAAGAGUAGUCCAGACAUGAAAGACAAAUGGAGAUCAGAUGACAGCUCUGUAUUCACACAGCUGGGUUUCUCCAAAUCCUUCCCGCUGGACGGCUCGCUUUUUGACAGCUGGCUGGCUCAGUCGGUUCACAUCACGGCAGAUAACAUGCUGAGCCAGUGGUCUCUAUCCGAAGAGAGCCGCGACCCCUCCGCCAGCCUCCUGUCAGACCAGCUCCUGCAGGGCGAGGAGAACCUGCUCAGCCUCAUGAUGGACCACUCCAUCAAGUCCACCUGGAAAACGCCCCAGCAGGGCCGCAAGCCGAGGGGUGCGCCGCGCAGCCGCAGGAAGUCCGUCUCGCUCCCAAGAAUCGGAUCCGCAGUCAAAGGCAAGGUUUGUCCUGAGGACCAACGUCCCAAACGAGGAGAAAGAGUACGCCACGUACACCACCAUCACACCCGCAGCAGCGAAGGCAGGCCGGACCCUCUGCAGCCAGCCAUAUCCAAAAUGGACUCGUGCCACAUUUCCGAGGAGCAUGGCUCUUGGGACGCUGGCGCGGACGAUGGGGAUACGGAGAGCGACAAGCGCUCGCAGGUGGCCUUGCGUCUGCGUCUACCUAGACAGGGCAAGUCACGCUCUAAGAGCAACACGACGCAGGUCCUGCUGCAGAACAGCACUGGGAACAACAUCUCCGCUCACGACACUGAAACUGACGGCUAUUUCUCUGACGCGGAACAGAGUGACAGUGAAUUACCCUCUUUCAGCCGGAAGCUGCGCUUGCCCCAACUGCAUGCUGGGAAGGAGGAGGUAGUGCGGAGGAGCGUGCUGGCCUCCUAAAACCAUUUUUGGAUGCAGCGGUGUUGCUGUAGUUUCUAGACCUUCAGAUGUAAAGGCGUGUGUUCUUUUCUCACUUUGUGUCAGAGUAUGUUAGUCCGUCGCCUACAUUUAUGCAACCAUAACCAUUUGUGCUUGACAAACAAGAAGAAACGAAAAAGUCUACAUGAACACUGUCAAAUGUGUCCUCUUGGGAAGCAAUAGGCUCUGUCCUGGAACAGGGACGGUGACGUGGGCAUUAUGACGUCUGUUCAGGGUGUGUUUGUUUUAUAUAAAUACAUCUGUGGUGUGUCUCCAGAGGAUGCGGCUACUAUAAAAUGAUGUACAGAGAAAAUAUGACACAAAUAAGCACAAAUAGCCGUUGGGGAAUGUAGCACACAUGUACCUGUCGUAUCCACCGCCUCAUUCGCUUUUACAGAGACUAGAUGUACCAGAAUCACACGGACACUUGAGCGUAAUUCUUACGUGUGCCAGUGGACAGAUCAGCUUCCAUCAUGGGUGAAUCUCACGAACAUGAAGCCUGUUUUAAGAGCCGUGUGACGAUUGAGCAUAUUUUUGAUAAUCUGUUCAAUCCAUCUCGAGUGGUCCGAAGCUGUAAAGUUGGUUGCUUGUCGGAUUUGCGAGUGAUUUCCUCUGUCUGUUGGUAUCGCAAGACACCAGUUUUGUACUUGUUUUACUUCGUUUAAUCACUGUGGUCAUCUUUGUGUCAUUGCGCACCAAAAAUUUGAGGCUGUUUAUUGAAACCUCAGUAUCUUUAAAAAUCACAAGACUGGUCUCUUCACAUUCAGAGCAGCAUGCAGAAUCAAAUCGUUCCCAGUUUCCCAUGUCGGCAACUUUGGGCAUCUGCCAUUUCGAAUUUUGACAAAAAAAUGCUAUAUUUCUCGAAUGCAUUGGCGAAUUGUUACGAAACGUGGUAUGUGUCUUCGGCACAAUUCCCUAAACGUAUUCAUAAUGUUUUGUGGCAGUACCACCUCGUGGUCAAACAUUAUAAUUAAAUUUCCAAAAAUUUUAAUAGCUUUUGAUUAAUUUUGCCUAUUGUCAUGACACUUAUCUUGAUGAUAGAUUCCUUGGAUCAUGCAUAGAACAUCUUUUCCAAUUAUGCCAUAAUCGGCUGAACUGAUGGUUUUCAGCCAGUUUGUGUUAAAUCACCUUAAAAUGUCAUGUCGUUAAAAUGCCAUGCUUGCUCCUCAUUCUCAUUCUCAUUCUCAUGUUGUGCUUAGCCCCUUAAUUGCUGUUUGCAUUUGGACUUAAAGAAUGUUAAUGUUCAUGUAUCUUGAAAGAUGCAUUUAAGAUCAGUUUUUAAUUCGGUGAGCUUCAGGACCAUCAUGAGCUAAGAUACUGAGGUUUCUAUAAAUGUCUGUAUGACCCAAAAUUUGUUGUGCGCCAUGACACAAAGACGACCACCGCGGUUAAACAAAGUAAAAUAAAAAUUGGUGGUUUUGCAAUACUAACAGAUGGAGAUAAUCACUUUAAAAAAAAUAAACAAAAAUUUAAAAUAGUCAUGCAACUCCAUUGGGACCACUUGUGAUAGUUCCAGUUACAACUAAAUAAAAUGUCCAGAGUUUUAUGGGCGAUCUUUUGUGAGAUUCACUUUCGUAUCUGGCACUUUCUUUCCCACUUGUUUCAGUUCAUUUGUUCAGAAAGAACCUUUGUCGUUCUCCAUUAAAGUGUGCCUUCUGUAGCCCCCCAAAUCAAACGAAUAAUCAACAUGUUCAACUGUUUUAAUACAACGAUGGCAAUCAGAAACGAAUACCUGCUUGGUCCAAAAGCUUGUAUGUAGAUGUCAAAGUCGUAGAGAUUCUAGGUGCCUAGAAAACAGCGUCGACCCAACAAUGCUAAAAUCAUCAAUACUGCUUUAGCAAAGUGCUGUUCAUGAACCGACGUCCGUCAGUCAAAUUGGAUUCACACUUACAAAGUGUCCUCAGGCUUUGCUAAUGUUUUCCCUCUGAUUGUGACGUCUAUGAAUCAACCCAUGGUGUUUAUCUCAGGGUUAUAGCGAAGAAGUGAUUGCAAUCAUCUGAAAAGCUUAAACCUGUACAUUCACGAACAACAAGGUUUCUUUGCCAAAACGUCACGUUUUGAGAUGAUCUUCUCACAGUGUAAUGAUGAAACACUGAGUUUCUUUUAUUUUGUAUGAUGAUGCCAAAGAAAAGUAAGUCAGCAUAUGCUCUGAAGUGGAUGUAAACUUUGUGUCUGGAUCUUCUGAAGAUCUCAGCGUGCACUGAUAUCCACCCGUACACUCCUGGAUCGCAUCAUCAAUCUAGAAUCGUCCUCAUCAGCAAUCACAGACGUGAGCUGUCCAGAAAUGUCUCGUUUGAGACAAAAGCAACUGAUAUGUAGCGUACGUGAUGCGUGUCAGUGAUUUGAAGGGUUAGUUCACCCAAACAAGGACAGUUCUGUAUUCAGUCUUGUCGUUCCAAACCUGUUUUGCUGUUCUUUUCCAUACAGUGAAAGCGAAUGGGUCCAAAAAUAGUCCAUGCGCUACAUUCCGAGUCUUCUGGUGUCUUACGAUGCUCAGCCCAAAUUUAAGUGUUUAAUUUACUGAAAUCCUUCUCAAGUCACCGUAGAUCUCCAACGUUGUGGCAAAUUUGCGAACAGCAUCGUAACCAAAGGAUUUUUCAUCAGAAGACUAGAAUACCGCACACAAGUCACUGUCAUUUCGUGUUCCACAGAAGAGUCGUUUGGGUUUGGAACAACGCCGCGUUGGAUGAAUUGCUUCAGUCCUUCGCUGGCUUAAAUCGCGACAGCCGUCUACUGUAUCCGUACAGACCACAGACAGCGACCUGUACAGAUUUCAUGUAUCUUAGCUGCUUUAAUAGGGACUAAUCAUAGCGCUGGUCAUUUGCCGUUCUCUGGUUCAGUAUGCACCCAACGCUGACAUGGAAUACUGUGCCUUUAGUGACUUAGUUUCAGCCUCCUGCAAGAGUUCAAGCUGCUUUAUCAUGCUUCGUUGCCGUUCGUGUACCAAAACUAUAACAUAUACUCUACGUAAUCUCUGUAAAUGUUCAGCUUCUGUGCAAUCAUUUUCCUCCCACAACGUAUUAGAAGGAGAAUGACGGAGUAGAUCUUGACACUCGUGUGUUGUUAGAGAGCCAUCCGCUGAAACGACAAAGGGUGACUAGUCUUUGCACUUGGUUAUUCAUUUGUCUCUACUGUUGGCUUUCCCUGGAAGGGUGAAUAGCUGGAAAUCAUCAAGACCAUCAAGGGGUGUGCGAUAUUGAUGAAAAAUGACAUUUUGAAAUGACAUUUCAAAGAGUUUUGUUGAGAAUUAGACGAGAUGUAGUGUGUUUUUGUGCUGGUACGUUGGCUGGUUUAGGCCCGUCAUGGCUCACAAAGACGUUCAUAUUCUGUUAGUUGGCAGCAGUGACAAAAAUUUACUUUUCCAUUAAUUUUCCACCUCAAGAGGCAUUUAUAAAUAUUUACACAGACUGUUCGGUGCAGCUUUAAAGGUGGCCUGAAUGCAAUUACACUGUAGUUACAAACACUGUGUCCUAACCAGGUGAGCGAUGCCAAGAUUUUCAGAAUGCGAAGUGACAAAAUCAAUCAAAUAUCACAGCCAAUCAGAAGCAUGUGGGAGGGCUCUCUCUGAAAGUGCACUGCAUUCCCAACGAAAUACAUGCUUGUAAUAAACCUUUUAAACAUUAUUAAAAGUACAUACUGAGCAACUGAUAACAUCUUUAUGGAAUACACAUUGGAUCACAUUGAGUUCACAGUUUUAACGUUCAUGUUAGCUUUUUAUUUAUUUAUUUUUUUCAAGAUCUUGCAUCAUUUUUCACGGUUAUUCAAAAUGAUAUUCAGACUCACAUUACACACUUUUAACAUUAAAUUAAGCUCAUAAUCAGGUCGUAAGAUUAGCAUCGUCAUAGUUUGUAUGUUGUUGUUCCAGCUACGACUGUUGUUCCAGAAAAUAGAAACUGUUUCUAAAAAGCUGUCGCUGGUCACGACAAAAACUCAGAUUAACAUGGAAAGGAUACCUUUUAUCACAGCAUCGCGUUUCAUCUGGUUAGGACACAAUAAAAAUAAAACAAUACUGUAAGUAUAAAAACUAAAACCACCAGUAGGUGGCAGUAAGUCACUUGUCUUAAUGACAGAGUCAUUGAAUCAUUCCCUCAAACCAUUCGUUCAGAAACAUGCACACAUUCAGUAAAGAAGAGCACAAAACGGUUUUGCUGUGGCUUUGUUUGAAACUAUUUUCAUUACACAAAAUUGAGCAAAAACAGACAAUACUGUGUCUUUUAACUCAUUUAAUUUAAAAUUCCUGCGUAAAAUCAAUAUCACAUUUGCAAGUGUGCUGAUAUUUGGGAAAACGGCACUUGUGCUCGUGUGAUAUUGCCAAACUACCAUAUAAGAUUAAAACUCAUAAAGAUUUUUUGACCUUAAAUCUUGAAUUUCGGGUCAUUCUGACUGCAUUCUACUAGGCUGGUUUUGUGCCAAGUGAGUGACACACUUAACAUCAGCUCUCGUAUCCUUAAAACAAUUAGUAAAUUAUCCUAGAAGAUGCAUAUCGCACACCCCUAAGAUCCAACUGUUCUUUCGGAUUAAGUGGUUAGUCUUGAGCACAUCGUGUGGUUCUUUCCUUCUCACAUCAUGGAGAAAGUGACAAGGAAUAUAUCGAUUGGCUGAAUGACGGCCCAUUCAUUCCUCUAGUGGAACUGACUAUUGAAGAAAAGUCAUAAUUCAUCCACAGAAAUAAAGUGAAGCCAAUUUGUAGGACCAGUACCUUUUUUUUUUUUUUGCAUUUGUGAAGAUGUCUGGACAUCUUGUUAUUAUUGAAAUCAGCAUGAAUACGAUUCAUUACAAAAAGUACUUCUACUUUUAAGCUUUUAAGGGUUUCUUUAAUGGAUUUUGGUGAAGUAUGACCCUCACAAGCUUCACCUGAAUAUCUUUCAGUGUUGUCGUUCACUUCCAGAGGAUCCGUUUAUUGACGUGUCGAACCCUCGCUUAUCCAGCUGCAGCUUUUGCUGUCAUAUCAAUCUCUCUCUCUCUCUCUCUCUCUCUCCAGUCUUGUUUACUAUGCAGCAAAAUUUUCCCACAUGCCCCUGUGACCGAGCAGUUUUUUCUGUCGUUCUCUCUUGAAAGAGUAAACGAGGCGCAGGAGAGGUGAAGCACUUGUAGUCCAUUAAGAAUCACACGUGUCCUGUAAAUCUGUCAACAUCUUCCGCUCGACACGGUUAGGAUACGAUGAUAUGAAUGUUGCAGGAGUUUAUCCUUCUAUGUUCUUUGUUUCAAAGAAUGUUGUGCCAUUUGUUAAUAGCAGAGAAAACUAUUGAACAUAUAAUUAGAAAAAAAAAAGAAGAGCUAUUUUAAAUUAUUUUAGGCUUUUUUUUGCGAUUAUUUAUUUUCUUGUAUUGGAAAUCUUUAUAGAAGGAAAAAAGACAAGUAUUUUUCAUCAGUGCAAAAACCUAUUUUUUCCUUUUUGUACAUUUUCCAUGUUAAGCAGUCUUUAGAGCAAUAUAAUGUUCAUGUGACUGUAUGUGCAUGCUGUUUGUGAUGCCUUAAUAACAGCUCCAGUCCCAUCAUCGCCAGCGCUCGGCUGUGGUCGACCAGUGCAGUCAAUAAAGCUGUGCUUUCUGUCUAA